AUGGAUUUCGGAGAACCUUUGCCGGUUAUAAUAAGAGAUGGGAAGCUUUUAGAACCAACAGAUAACUAUGGUAAUGUUGAAAUGAACUAUGGCGACACUCUCACUUUAAGUUGUGAAGGAAUGGGCAACAUAAAGCAUCCCAACGUACAUCGGCCGCUAUCUGUAGCUACUAUAAGCUGUGAAGGUGGAGACACGUUCAAAAAUGACGACUGGCUGAAUGCACCUUCACGAUUCUUUCUAUUCAGAUGCAGCGCCUCCCCACAACAUAGAAGCAGACGAACAGAACGCUUAUGCUAUGACAGUAACCCCAUCAUUGAAGUCGGCUACGCUGCGAACAAUGAUUUCUACCCUCUGUACGAGUCUUGUUUUAACGAAGCUGCUCUAAAUGUUCUCUAUUCAAAGUACACCCAAAAACCUUAUAACGCUUUAUACCAAACUAAAAUUGUUCGACCGUAUUUUAUCGCAGAUGACCAAUUUGGGUAUAUUCCGAUUGAUACACUGUUUUCGCCUAGAGGUUUAAAGUCGGCUGUAGCCAAGUUGGUGGGGCCAGCAAUAGAUAACUAUGUAACACAAACCCAAUUUCUCUCCCGAGGGCAUUUGGCUGCGAAAACUGACUUCGUUUUUGCAUUUGGAGAACGUGCGACCUUUCAUUACGUGAACUGCGCUCCCCAGUGGGUAGGUUUUAAUGGCGGGAACUGGAAUACUCUGGAAGUGGACCUAAGGAACCACGUCCACGCGGCUGGCUACAACACUAUUAUUUACACUGGUACUUUCGGCAUAUCACAUCUGCAGGACUCUUUUGGGCAUAAAAUCGACUUAUAUUUGCAUACAGAUAAAAAUAACAAUCCCGUUAUACCGGUGCCUUUGUUUUAUUAUAAGGUUGUGUAUGAAACAGAGCGUAAAUGUGGAAUAGCGUUUGUAGGCAUCAACAACCCUUACGUCACUUCGGAAGAGGCCCAUCAGAUGUUCUUCUGUGAAGACUUGUGUAGACGCAACAGAGACUUUUCCUGGCUAACCUGGAGCCCUGACUCUGCAAGCGAAGGCUACACAUUCUGCUGUACUAUCCCUGACUUCAGAAAAACUGUUCCACAUUUGCCAACAUUUGAUGUCGAUUGUGUUUUAACGUGA